CUGGAGGCGGCACACUGUUUUAGACUGGGCCUGGGUUCCCAUGAAUGAGUGAGUUAACCUCCAUGUGAGGAACACACGAAGCCAAGGGCUCAUCUCUCGCGAGGAACGACGCCGUUAUCGGAAUCUCUACAAACAACACGAGAAUUCAUCAUUCACACGUCGUGAACAAUGUCUGAACAAGACUUGGAUGAAAUUGUACAAAUUACAGUGGAGGACUUUAACCAGGAUGACCAAACAGACAUGCUGGACAAUCAUGAAGAUGAUGAAGAAAGGCCUCAGAAGAAAAAGAGGAAAUUAAGCAGCAGUCAGGAGAAUAACAGCAUUAACCAAGACAUAUCUUUUAUUAAGAACCUGUUGGUCUCAUUCACCACAUCAAUCAGCCAGCGACUGGAAGGAAUUGAAUCAAAGUUACAGGCACUGGACUCAACGUGUAAAGCCCUAGGACGCAAACUAGACAGCAUGGUGCCCUGUGCAAAGAGUCCUAUCCAGGUUCCUAUGGUUGCUGGGUCUCCUCAGGGGGCCACUCAAACUUGGAACAAAGUGCGAUGUGUUGUUCCACAAACAAAUGUGAUAGUGAGCAGUGAAAACCCGAAGGGCCCUAGCCAAGAAGACAACCCCCUGGAGAACCUGCUCAGCAACACGGUGAACAGGAGGCGUCAGAACACAAUCCUGGUAAAGGUGCCGGGCCCUGAGGAGAGUCAGGAAGAGCAAGAUAGCGGCUCAGAGGCCAGUGACUCUGUUUCUAAUGGUGGCCAGUCCAGCAAUGCGCAAAAUGGCCAAAAUGUCACGCUCAUCACACUCAAUGCAGAAGAUGAUUACCCUGCAGGCACCUGGUUGGGAGAUGAGAACAACCCAGAGAUGCGGGUUCGUUGCCCAGUGUCUCCAGCUGACAUGCUCCAUAUCUCCACAAACUGCCGCACAGCAGAGAAAAUGGCACUGACACUGUUGGACUACCUGUUCCAUCGGGAGAUCCAGGCCAUGUCAAACCUCUCUGGCCAGGGCAAACACGGCAAGAAGCAGCUGGACCCGCUCAUGAUUUAUGGCAUUCGUUGCCACUUGUUUCACAAAUUUGGCAUCACUGAGUCAGACUGGUACCGCAUCAAGCAAAGUAUCGACUCAAAGUGUCGCACCGCCUGGAGACGCAAGCAGCGUGGCCAGAGUCUGGCUGUCAAAAGCUUCUCCAAACGCACGCCUCGCUGUACAUCCGGAGAGGGAGGCCUCGCAGAAGAAACGGCACACAUUGAGACUGCCACCCAGCAGACCUUGCACUACACACUGGCCAAUCAACAGGUCCAGUUCCACCGUAUUGGCGAGGAUGGACAAGUUCAGGUGAUUCCACAGGGUCAGUUGCACAUUGCCCAGGUGCCACAAGGAGAGGAGGUGCAGAUCACACAGGACAGUGAGGGAAAUCUCCAGAUCCACCAGGUACAUGUUGGUCAGGAUGGACAGGUGCUGCGUGGGGCUCAGCUCAUAGCGGUGGCGUCAGCUGAUGGCGGGGCCACAGCAGUAGAGGGUUCCCCACUCCCUCCUGACAUCCAAGUGCAGUACGUCCAACUAGCCCCCGUCGCAGAUCACACAGCAGCCGUACAGGCAGCUUCACAAGCUGUCAGUAUGGCCCUCACCUCUGUAGAAAGUGGGAAGCUGAGGAGCCACUGA